AUGGAGCAGCAGACCUUGGUUGGCCGAGUUCUCUGUCAUGCUGAGAAGGUUACCAAAGCUGGGCACUAUCUGGAGUUGGUGGACUUCUUGCUGUAUUGCCAUCACCAAAAGAUUUCUGUCCAAUUGUUCAUGAACACCGAGAGCCCCAUGGAAAAAGGCAAAGAAGCCAUGGUUUUUUUGCAUGACCUGCUUGGCCGUGGAAGUGAGGUGCAUCCACCUGUAAUGGGAAGCGAUGUGGUGUGGAACGUGCUCCUCACGCGAGCCGAUUAUCGAACCACCAAUGUUCCAUGGGAGCUGAAUCAUUGGGUGCCUUUGCUACCUGCGGACACCAGCUUGACAGAGAGAUUCCAAAAGAUACUAGCUGCUGAGAAAAUCGAAAAGGAAUCUCUGCAUAAGGCUUUGGAAGAUGAUUCAAGAGAUGAUUCUGCCGAGGUCCAUCAGAGUCUGGUUCACGCUCUUACACAAGUGACAGAGAAAGCGGUUCACCUGAAGCGCUUGACAGCUCGCUUGCACCACACUGCCAAUCUUGCGCCCAUGCCGGUGAUGGCCGAUGGCAAUUGCGGUGCGUGGUCAGCCCUCGAACUCCACAAGUUCACAGACGGAGUUCCUGCCCAACACCUUUUGGACAUGGAUCCCAUGGGAAGCACCAUCUUGACCAAGGAGUCGAAUCCCAUUGCAUGGGCGAAGAUGCUGAGCUUGCGGGAGGAAGUGGGAAGGAUGUGGAGAGAGGUCACUUCUGAUCCUACUUCACCCCACUCAGACCAAUGGUUGCAAGUUUUCAAGCUUCUGCUGGUUGAUGCAGGUGGCAUGCCCAUUGCCAAGGUUACGGAUGUCAUGGAGCCAAACCCAUCAGACCUUGUUCAGAAUUUGUCUUCUGCCAUGGAUGCGGUGAAUAUGGACAAAUUGGACAAGUUAGGUUCAUCAGGUUCGGAAACGUUACCACCCAUGCCACCACCAUCUCAAGACCCAGACGAUUUUGAAGAACGUGAACAUUUAUUUGGUCCCCCAGGCCCUCCAGAAUCUCCAGAGAUUCCAGAGGAAAAGCCAUGUGGUCCAGAUUUGAUCACAGUGAAGAAGGAGCUGCCAGAUACUGAAGACAACACAGACAACGUCUUCAAACUAUUCGCGCAGGUUCAUCCCCCACGAUCCCCACGCCCAUCUGACGUGGGGGAUGUGGAGGUGAAGCAGGAACCUGCAAGCCCAACCACCCCACAGGCACGCAAGAGGCUUGAAAAGAUGCUCGAAGAGCAUUCGCCCCCAGUGAUCAAGAGGGCACGCAAUUCCUCUAGAGCGGGCAUAGUUCAUGACCGCUUGGUGUCUGGGCCUGCUGUGCCGCUGCGCAGCAACCUGUCUGACAUCAUGGCGAGCAAGGCCAUGAUUCUGGGCUGUCAGGGGGAUUCCGAUGUGACGGCGCUGCCAGAUGAAAAACAUCAAGCUUCACAGGCCCUGCGAGACAAGGCAGGUAGCAAUGCUUUGGUCGCAGAACACAAGGCAGCGGGUCAAGGGAGUGAACAUCUGGCCGCAGAGCAGAAGGCCAAGGCAGAUGGCAAGGGUCCAGCAGUUGAAGAGAAGGCAGGAGCUGAAAAACUUGCAGGUAGCAAUGCUUUGGUCGCAGAACACAAGGCAGCGGGUCAAGGGAGUGAACAUCUGGCCGCAGAUCAGAAGGCCAAGGCAGAUGGCAAGGGUCCAGCAGUUGAAGAGAAGGCAGGUAGCAAUGCUUUGGUCGCAGAACACAAGGCAGCGGGUCAAGGGAGUGAACAUCUGGCCGCAGAGCAGAAGGCCAAGGCAGAUGGCAAGGGUCCAGCAGUUGAAGAGAAGGCAGGAGCUGAAAAACUUGGGCCUGAGAACAAUCCUCUAGGUAGCAAUGCUUUGGUCGCAGAACACAAGGCAGCGGGUCAAGGGAGUGAACAUCUGGCCGCAGAGCAGAAGGCCAAGGCAGAUGGCAAGGGUCCAGCAGUUGAAGAGAAGGCAGGAGCUGAAAAACUUGGGCCUGAGAACAAUCCUCUAGGUAGCAAUGCUUUGGUCGCAGAACACAAGGCAGAUGGCAAGGGUCCAGCAGUUGAAGAGAAGGGCGCGAAGAGGAAGAAGAAUGACAAGAAUGAGGCCAACCCCAAGAAGUCCAAGAAGAAUAAGAAGGACCCUGCGCUGGUGAAAGCCCAGCAGGAGCGCAGAGGUGUGUCUCUCAAGUUGAAGAUCGCCAGAGCGCACUUGGCCGGACUUGAGAUCGACGCUCACCAAUGGCUACGCUUGCACAGCAAGGCUGCAGUUGUGCGAGGUGCUGUGGAAUGUUCUAUCGGGGGUUGGAAGGAGCUGCUAUUCUUUUUGAUGUCCCCAGACAACCACGAGAUCCCAAGCAAGUGUGCAAUUUGCCAAAACUUCUUGCAGGUACGUGGAUUUAGCAUGGAUGAUUUCAAGAAGGCAGUGGAAUCGGGUCAGCUUCCAAUGGUUGAUCAAGGAAUGAACGCUCAAGCUCUGCCUCUCCAGAAUGUGCAGGAGGAUCCUGUGGAUGGGGAUGGUGGUGCACCAGAUGAGGAUAUGGAAGCUUUGGAAGGUGGCCCGGCGCAACCUGCGUUAGACAUGGUGAAUCGAGACCCGUACCUGGAACUCCUAGAGCCUGGCAGUCACAAAUGCAGGCUUCCUGUGCGAUGCUUGGUUUGUGUGAACAAAGCUGGCGCCCAUUCCAUCUUUGACAUGCAGUCCACGAAACGAGCGAAAAACGUUAUUCAGCAUGUGAUAGGGCCGAUGCAUGUCAAAAAUGUCAGAAUCGCCAAGAACGCGGCCGAUGCAAGCAAAGGAUUCAUCAAGGAUGAAGAGGUGGCUUGUUGCGGGUUCUGCCCUCAAAGAUGUCAAGAUACCAAAGUGCAUGCCAUCUUGGACGAGUUCAACCUCUGGUCUGUGUACAACGGUGUCAAAUAUUCCAAACAACUCAAGGAUCCCAGCAGGCAUGCCUACAUUUUGGACAUGGCAACGAAUGAACACAGACUAUUGUUGGCCCGGCUCUUUGAUCCUGACAGAGUCCAAGACAUUAUUGCAAGUGUUCGCUCCAGCCCGAUUGCCAAGGGAGUGUUCGCCGAGCAGUUGGAGAGCAUUUGCACCCUUGACACAGUGGUCUUGCAGCGCUUGGUUUCAACUCAGUUUCUUUCGAUCCCCAAGAAACAAUGGACCCGGGCCUAUCAGGAGUUUGUUCUGGGCUUUGUCAUGCCGUCCCUACAAAUUCACGUACCGUCUUGGAAUGCCCAAGUGGUAAGAGGAGCCAGGGAGGUGGCUGACAAAAUCAGGGACAGAAGCUUUGCAGACAUGGACACCCUCAACUUGCGCAUGGCUUGCCAAGUUGCAUCCGGGUGUCUGAACGAACACCCAAUGAUUCAGGGUAUCCUGGUGGCGUGCCUAGAAAUGGCCCAACGCCAAAGACAUGGCGUUCACAAUAUGAAAGGCCUCAAAGUAUCUGAGUUGGAGCUCAGCCUUAUGUCUGAAGCUGGAUGCAUGGUAGCCCUUGCAGGGAACAACAUGCAGAUGUUGCAGUUAUUUGGGCUUGGAUUCACGAUCCCAAGGUUGCCCCUCAGCAACCUUCACGCACUGAACUUGCCGGAGCCCUUUCUGGCUGUGGUCGAUCCUAUCAUUCUCCAAAGGAACAGCAAGCUGAUCGAAUCCAUUGUGGCGUUGCCCUCCAAGAAGGCCGUGGGGCCCAUCGGGUUGAAAACCUUAUGCCUUCUCAAGGUGGAUGCAGCGGCGGUGCCAGUGGAUCAGAAGACCAAGGCAGAUGGCAAGGGUCCAGCAGCUCAAGAGCAGGUGGAUGCAGCGGCGGUGCCAGUGGAUCAGAAGACCAAGGCAGAUGGCAAGGGUCCAGCAGCUCAAGAGCAGGUGGAUGCAGCGGCGGUGCCAGUGGAUCAGAAGACCAAGGCAGAUGGCAAGGGUCCAGCAGCUGAAGAGCAGGUGGAUGCAGCGGCGGUGCCAGUGGAUCAGAAGACCAAGGCAGAUGGAAAGGAUCCAGCAGCUCAAGAGCAGGUGGAUGCAGCGGCGGUGCCAGUGGAUCAGAAGACCAAGGCAGAUGGCAAGGGUCCAGCAGCUGAAGAGCAGGUGGAUGCAGCGGCGGUGCCAGUGGAUCAGAAGACCAAGGCAGAUGGCAAGGGUCCAGCAGCUGAAGAGCAGGCGUCUGCCUCCUCCACCUUGCAGAGGCACUCAAGGACCUCAAGGCGCAGGUUCACACUUGCGCUGGACAAAACAUACGCCUUGACUGGCGUAGACGUGGUAGAGCUACGUCAAGGUCGCGGGUACAUAGGUACCGCCUUCCAUCCCAAGGUGUGGUGGGCUUCAAGUGAUGAAGUUGAACAGCAGAAUACGGGAUUCCUCCCAUUCAUGUCUGCGAAGGACCUGAGAGAAUCAUGCAGGGUUGGGUCUGUGGAGAGAUCAGAGAACAUGAUCGAUGUUGAUGCGGAUGAGUAUGAACCUUCGAUGUUGGUAGUCCAGCAUGCCCAGCCAGAUCAACCAGACCAGCCAGACCAGCCAGACCAGCCAGAUCAGCCAGACAAAUCAGGCAACUCAGGCAAGAACGUGGAAACGUGGGAUGCUGCUUCACUGGAUUACGCCAACGAGAUUCUCGAAUUCCUUUACUUUGACCCACUCAUCAAAGGCAAGCCAAGGCUGAGUGUUGCAACCGUUCCAACUUCCUACAACUGCAAAGCCAACGACAUGCUUCAUUUGGUUGGCCGUGUCAUGCUUCACGCUGGAUUCAAUGUGAAGUGCAUCACGUUUGACAACCAUGCAACACACGGUCUGCUGAAGCGUUUCAUGUUGGGGCUGCCGCACAAUCUCAGUCGUGAAGAGCUUCGGGCACUGCCCUUCUGGGGUGAUCUCACAUAUGUCGCCUUUCCAGGAUCAAGCCUUCCAAGGUACUUGCAGAAUGGGCCUGCGCAUUUAGUCAAGAACAUUGCUUGCGCUUUGAGGAGCCCAGGCCACACCUUGUAUGUCGGCCGGUACUUUGUCGACCUGGCAGCAUGCUUAGACCUGCAAAUGCCUCCGUCGGCUUUCGUUGGGUAUGAUGGGCAAUCGGAUCUGGAGGCCUGUACCCUCUUGAAUAGUCAUUUCCUCACAACUGAGCUCAACAACAAGAUUGUCCCCUGGGCGCUUUGUGGAGCCUUGUUGUUCAACCUGAUCACUUCACUGGCAACGACAUCAGUUUUUCACAGGACGCUGUCGCCAAGUCAGCGAUUGGAGAACUGCCUCAGCUCUUUUGUGCUCCUGGACCUCUGCGAGCUGGUGGCAGAGGAGAGGAGCCGUGACCGAAAGGUGCCUAAGAGCCGCUUGUGGCUUGCCAAAGUCACACAAUCAAACCUCCAAGAAUUGUGCGGCUCUGUCGCGAUCGCGUGUACAUCGUUGGGGGAGGAUGAGGUUUGGUGCCCGUGGCGAUCCACGGAACUCAGCAUUGAGCAGCACUUUGGACACAUCAGGAGCCAGUUUGUUUCCAGCCAAUUCAAGUGCCGCGAUUUCGCACAUGGUGCUGCGAAGCGAGCUUGGCAGACCCUCACGAAGCAGAAAAGGACACCAUUCACAUUGAGCCCAGAAAUUCCCGACAAGCGGCACAAGGCCGUGACGGACGAUGAGUACAUCGAGAUUGCUGAGCGUUCCUUGAGCAACGCUUUGCGGCUCAUGGCUGUGUGUACCGAGCACACAACGCAGACAUUGCUGGCCAAGUAUGUGGCACAUUGCGGUGUGUGCCCAGCUUUUCAGCCUGUGGAGCCUGGUGAAUCUGCUCCAAAUCCUGGAGAUGAGGUAGACGAGGAGUUGGGAGAUUUUGCAGAACAUUCAGAGGAGUGGCCAUCAGAUCCACAAGAUCCACAAGUGGAGUUGGCAGGGGCCGAUGCCCAGUGCUUCGAUUUGCUCACGCAGCUCCAAGCCAGAGAAAAAGCAGACAAAGUUGAGUGGGAUGACAUCGAACGCGGGGAAGCGGAUCUCAAUGACCAUGACGAUGCAAGAGCUCAGCGCCUCGGCAGCGGCACUUGCCUUCCCUCUCAGGAGUUGAUGGACCUGGAUGCAGAGGAUUGGAAAGCUGUGACCAAGCCUGAACCGAAGAAGGAUGGCAUGGAUGAUCAGAUGUCAUCUGACAUCCUGACCUUGUCAGAUGUGUUCAGGAAGGCUCGCUUGGGAGACGCUGAGUUGGUCCGGGUGAGCGGCCUCACACCGUUUAUUUGGGAAUGCCUCCGAAACCUCAGGGAAUCCUCAGACCAAUACUGCCUGGCACAGCCGCGGAAAUUCCGAACAGGCCAUCAGGGAAAAAAGCUCAACUGGUAUCAGGCAAGUGAGAAGGAGUGCGCAGCCAUCAGGUCCAUCUGUGGACACCCAGCGAAAAGAACAUCAAGAGCUGCCGCAUGGAGAGCUUUGGCAGCCUCUAUGCGGAAGACAGUGGGAGUGGACAAUGAGACUGGUGACUUGGCCGCUGGAAUGGUGGUGUUGUAUGCUCCGAUUGGGAUCCAAGAAUGGAAGCUGGGUCUUGUCCUGACCGUGUGGCGAUCCACGGCCAAGCAGGGGGCCAAACCCACCGCAUUGCCCAUCCCAGCAGAUGCAGCAAAGGCUUUCCGUGUGUGCGACCUGACACACGCGCACAAUUCUCAGGAUGGCACCUACACUGCGGGAGCGGACAGCAACUCUGUGGUUUGCCCCAUCUACAGGCUGGGGAUGGCAUUGAGAGUCAAGGACGGGGGCACCAAGAAGGGCAUUGAUGGCAUCCGCAUUGUUCUGGGCGCAAAGGAAAUGGAGGUGGUCGAUGCUGUGAAGAAAUGGACAGUCUGGAAUGUUGGCAAUGAUGUUCGAAUCAGAAAACGGAAGGCAUCAACCAAAGACAGCAAUGGAUCCAAUGGAAAGCCUACAGUGGUUCUCAUCGAUGAUGAUGAUGAUGAUGAUGAUGAUGAGGGCAAUGAUGCUUGUGCAGCAGGCGCUCCAUCCAAGAAGGUCAAGAAGACCACGGAUGCCUCAGAAGCGGAAGCUGCAGCGAAUUCAUCUGGAAAGUCGUCCAAGAUCACGAUGAAGCUGCUUGAGCUGGAGUUUGAGGCUGUGAAGAUCACGGCCUCAGCACCUGAACCGGAGAAAUCAGUGCAGAAAGGUGGGCUCAAGAAGGAGAUCCCUGCUUUGCCGUCGAACUUUGACAGGUACCGGCGUGGAGACGCGUUGGUGCGGCAGGAGCUUCAAAAGCUCCUGGAGCGUCACCGUGAAGCUGGGAGCAUUCUCACGGAGGAUUAUCGCGUGCGCCUUCGUGACCCCAUCAAGGGACACACAUAUGUUGGGCUGAAAUGGUCGGAGAUUUUGGAUCGUGCACCAUCGUACUUUGCCAAGAAGUUUGAGAACAUCCGCAAUAGAGAAUUGUACGGCAAGGCGGUGCACGAAGACUUUGUGCGGAUGAAUCGCGUCAGGGGGGAGUUUUUGAAGACCGUGCACGAGAUUCCUUUGCUGACGCCGGGAACCGUUUCUGAGGUGGUGGCUUCUAGGGCGCUAAGAGCCGGGGCGUAA